UCAAAUAAUUGCAAAAUUGUAGGUGGAUUCUGACUAUUAUUUUUUACCUCAAACCUGAGCUAUAAAUACUUUUCCAAACGUUGUAAUCGAUAUCAGUUAACGGACAUUUGUUAAACAGCAAUAAGCUCCCUAGAACACCGCAAAAGCUUCAAAAUGAAAUUCCUCAUCUGCUUGGCUCUUCUCUUCGCCGUCGCUCAGGCCAACCCUGGUUUUGUGGCUCCUUUGACAUACUCAGCUGUACCCGCCGUUGCCACAUAUGCUGCUUCUCCAUACGCUUACCGUGCUUAUGCUGCUCCAGCUGUCUACAGUGCUCCAGUUGCCCGUGUUGCCGCAGUGGCUCCGGUAGCUCGUGUGGCUGCUGUCGCUCCCGUUGCCUACACAGCACCAAUUGUUUCAACCCUCUGGAAGAAAUAAGCUUCCAAUCUAAUUGAAUCUAAUUGAAAAAAUCCAUAAAAUUGUUGAAGGACCUGAAUAUAAAUAAAUAGAUA